AUGGCGAAUCCCCUCGAUACAGACGCUGGCUCCGAGCUAUUCAGCACUUAUGAAGCCGAGUUGAAACUGGUGGAGGCCGAUGUAACCCAGAAAUUGGAUCAAAUACCUGAGCUGGCGGGCGAGGAGCGUAAAGCCGCCAUCCGAGGGGCAGAGAGGGCUCUUGAUGAGGCGAAGGAGUUGCUGGAUCAAAUGAACCUAGAGAAAUCCAACAUCCCCACCUCCGCGCGGUCCAAAGUCAACACCCGAUUUCGCAACCACCAAUCUGACAUUGACGGUCUGAACCGUAAAUUAAAAUCGUUGGCGGAAUCGGAUCGCAAACAGCUUUUUGGCGACAGAUACACUGAUGACCCGGAAGCUGGGCCUCGAGACCUACACCUCGAGCAGCGCCAACAAUUAUUGUCUGGCACGGAGAGACUGGGUCGGAGCGGCGAGAGAUUGCGAGAGUCGCAGCGCAUUGCGCUCGAAACAGAGCAGAUUGGCGCCUCGACAUUGGCGAAUCUGCAUCAGCAGCGUAAUGUGAUUGAGAAUACGCACCAGAAUUUGUUGCACAGCGAGGGAUAUGUUGAUCGAAGUGUCAAGACUCUGAGGGGGAUGGCGCGUAGGAUGGCUACCAAUCGGGUAAUCACAAUCGCCAUCAUCACGGUCCUCGUCCUCCUCAUCAUUGGCGUGAUCUACAGCAAAUUCAGAUAA